AUGGCACAUCCAUACGCAGCAUUCUUACUACUAUUGCUAGUCUUUUAUGCUGGAGCAGCAGCAGUGUUAUACAUGCUCGGGCAUCGGCGGCGAUUAAGCACGGGAACGAUGACGCUUCACAGACGGCUUCAAGUCGAAUACGGGCUCUAUCAAGAUAGAGGAAGAAGGCCGACCAUGGAGGACGCCCAUACCGUCGUGUCAUCGCUGCCCAUUCCGCAGCUUGAGGAGCAAGACGAGGGCAAUACCACUGUUUCUCUUUUUGCGAUAAUGGACGGUCACUGCGGUGACUCUGCAUCGUACUACUCUGCAGCACAACUAGCCUCUAAGGUAUCCGAGUGCUGGCCGUGCUGCAUGACAACCUCUUCUAUUGUGAGUUCACUACAUAAUGCUCACAUAUUGAUGGAUGCACAGUUCUUGGAAAUAGCCCGUUCUUCAAAUAUUCUUGCUGGAUGCACGUGUCUUUCCACUGUUAUAGUUACAGAAGCCCAUAGAAUCCGCAUUUUCACGGCCAACCUCGGAGACAGCCGGGCUAUUCUGUGCAGGCAUGGGGCCUUUUCAGCGUGGCUUAAGUUUUCUCCACCAAGUGCUGCCGCAGAAGCCAAUGCCAAUCGGCUUAAUUUGAUUUCCUUCUUUCCUGGGUCGCGCCUUGUCAUACCUCUUUCACUGGAUCAAAAACCAAACAUUUCUCCGGACAGAGAGCGAAUAGAAGCUGCAGGUGCAUUUACUUAUCCAUCGCUAAUUAAGUAUAAAGAUAAGAUAGCCAUUAGGGGGCCCCAUCGCAUUUUCCCGGGCGGAUUAGCUGUACCCCGUGCUAUUGGUGAUCUUCCUUAUAAGGAUAUGACAUACCUCAACUCCCUUGGCGUGUCGGCGCCGCUGGUUUCUAGCGACCCCGUUAUUUCCAUCUAUGACCUUACAGAGCAAGACGAGUUUAUUCUGCAAGCCUGUGACGGCCUCUGGGACGUAAUAUCCUCAAAAGAAGCGGCUAUUUUUGCCUCAGUCAUGCACUAUAUUCAUCAAUUGGCUCGAAUGCCACACAAGGCCUUUAAGAAACUCCGGCGGCCCCUCAAGCAAAUUCUUUUCAAGAUGGGCGUCACGUCCUACUACUCACCUACAAGUGUGGCAGUCGCAGAGGCGCUCUGUAACCAUGCAAAGCUGCGUGGGAGUCAGGAUAACGUUACUGUGUCUGUUAUAUUUCCAGAGUUCAUUAAAUCAAAAUCCUCGAUUAUUGAUGCACGGUUAAGCGCACCACGCAAUAUUUUAAAUUAUAAAACUAACAAACCUAUGCUCCAUCAAGAUCUUGAAGCCCCUUCUCUCAAUCUGUCUAUGCCUGCACAGAGUCCACAUAGCUCUCAAACUCCUCAAUCUUCCCAGGAUACCUUCCCUUCUGAGUACUCCUGCUGCUCUCCUAGUUCCAUCCUGAGCACGUUUCAAGGCAUUCGAGGCUCGGCUAAAGUCACCGACAUUGACUCGCUGGUAUCAGCGGCUAAUCUUAUUAUAGAGCUUUUCUCGAACAUCAACAACUUUGAUGAUCUUGUAGACGUAUUUUCAAAUGUAUUUCUAGACGAUAUUUUCUCUGUGGAGUCAUACGUGUCCGAAUCGAUGGCCUGUCUAUGUAAUGAACACCCUUUGGCAUCAGGCGAGAUCGACCUGGAUCUAGAUGUGUCACAUUCUAAAGAAUAUCAAAGCACCCACGGCAAUAGUGUUAUCUUUGUCGAUACAACUAAAGGUGGAGAACCCUUGACGAAAAUACAAGAAAAGACAUUGGAUCUCUGGAACGAUUGUUUUAGGAAGGAGAUGACAAUGAGCACUUUGCGAGAAAAGCCUCACCUCACGGGAAUCACAGUUGCUAUGUCUGAUUUUAUUGAAAUUUAA